CCAUGUUUGUUUUAAUUUUGAAUAGAUUAAUAGGUGAGGAUUAGUUAAAUGUGAAGACAUAAGUAAGAGAAAAGCAUGUCGUUUAUUUUAUUAAUACCAGAUUUAAGCUAAAGCUGUGCAAGUGCAGUGUUUCACAAACAAAGCCAAAACACUGAGGAGAGGAAGAAUGAGAAAACAGAUGAGGGAUAACAGACUUUUUUUUUUCUUUUUGAAACAUCUGGUACUUUCUGUAGUGUGUUUAAGUAGUGAGUGUGUGGUAAGAGUCUUAGAGUGUCUUGAACCGAAGAGUGAAUUAACAGCAGAGGAAAUUAAAAGUUCUACUUAGAUAAAAACUGCGUGCAGCCUCAUCGAAGACCACAGUGUAAAAGAAGGAAAUUAGAUGGCAAACUUGAAAGUAAAAUGUGUUAAAUCUCAAACAUUAGUUAUUGGAAGCUUCUGCAGAAUAAAUAUGAGAUGGCAGAUAAGACGCCCCUAGAUAACUCACAGUUAAUAAUUUGUAAGUUACUAGUGCAAUGCCUGGGUUUUCUAAUAACCAAGGAUUUGAGGAACUUGAUUUCACCAUCUUAGUUAUAAUUCAAGGGAAAUUAAUUAAAAUUGGAAAAAAAGACCAUACUGUUGAUAUCAGAUGAAUAUAAUCUUCAGGAGACCAACUAAUGUCAUUUUUCUGUAGAGAGUCUAUUCCCUCAGUUGUUAAAGAUAGCAGCAACAACAACAACGAGACAUUAUUAUAAUGGGCAUAAUUUACCCUGUUUUACAAAAAGUUUGAAAGAUAAGUCAUCGGGCCUGUUAGGAAGGACAGUCAGCCAUAGCUACAAGGAUGGUCUUGUUGGAAAUUAUGGGAUAAUUAACCAUUAGGAAAUAGUCCAGUGACCACUUGUUUUCAGUUCAUUAACAGUUCAUAGUGUACAAGCUGAAAUAGGAGCCAGUGAUUAAUAGACUUUUCUGGAAAAGGAAGACCAAGUUAAGGAGUUUGAGUAUGUAAUUUGCUCGAUUGAAAACUAACUUGCAUUCUAUUUAAUUAAUCCAACAAGAUGGAGAUCUAAACACACUAAUAUUCUCAAAUAAAAAACUUCAUUCUUCCCACGGAUCACAGCUGUUCAGUAUAUCCAAUUAACCCAUUAUUCACUUAGCAUUGCAGAGCAGAAAUCGUUCCAUCUGAUGUAGGAAAAGGCUCACGUUGUCCGUUCUUAAUUUUGACAUAAAUUGUAUCUACAGUAGUCGUAGCUGUAAUCAUAUGCUAAAAUCAAUGAGGAAAUAAAUCUACUUAAUAUCUUCAUUUAGAAUAUGCUUAUUGGUACUGAAUAGUACUGUCCAAGUUUGUUUGUUGUAGAUUUUAAAUCGAACUGUAAGAAAGCUUAAUGGCAAAGAGCAUUUUUAAUUGACUCAAGACAUGCCAGAAGAAAUAAAUCUCCUUUGAAACAAAAAUAGCCCUAGCUGCAAACCUGCCUAUAUUACCACUCCCGGAAGUGAUUCAUGUGAAUUAGGACGUGUGUGGGAGUCACUGUGCUUUCAUGAGGCUUUGCACGUUAAGGAGCAUUUGCAGAGCUGCUGCAAAGUAGCUCAGGACAGGACAGUCAGUCUGAAGUAUCAAGUGUGAUAUUGUCCUAGGACUCCUGAUACUCCAAAUAGCGAUCCUCGUUUUCCUACCAACAACAGAUUGAUGGCCUUAAAGAAGCAAUUGGAUAUAGAACUGAAGGUGAAACAGGGAGCAGAAAAUAUGAUACAGAUGUACUCAAAUGGUUCUUCAAAGGAUCGAAAACUUCUUGCCACAGCUCAACAGAUGCUCCAAGACAGCAAGACAAAAAUAGAAGUUAUAAGGAUGCAGAUUCUUCAGGCAGUUCAGACCAAUGAAUUGGCUUUUGAUAAUGCAAAACCUGUGAUAAGCCCUCUUGAACUCCGAAUGGAAGAACUACGGCAUCAUUUUAGGAUAGAAUAUGCUGUAGCAGAAGGUGCAAAAAAUGUGAUGAAAUUACUUGGAUCUGGGAAGGUUACUGACAGAAAGGCACUUUCAGAAGCACAAGCAAGAUUUAAUGAAUCAAGCCAGAAGUUGGACCUGUUGAAGUAUUCACUGGAGCAGAGAUUGAGUGAACUUCCUAAAAACCAUCCCAAAAGUGGUAUUAUUAUAGAGGAGCUUUCAUUGGUCUCUUCACCCACAUUAAGUCCUCGUCAAAGUGUAAUAUCCACUCAAAACCAAUACAGUACACUGUCCAAACCAGCAGCUUUAACAGGUACCCUGGAAGUUAGGCUAAUGGGCUGCCAAGACAUCUUAGAAAAUGUCCCUGGUCGAUCAAAAGCCACGUCAGUUACUCUACCUGGUUGGAGUCCAAAUGAAGUCAGAACAACUUUCAUGGGCAGAACCACUAAAGCUAAAGCUGGGAUUAGUAAAAACCUUCUGAAAACUGAUGACUUGUCCAAUGAAGUCUGUGCUGUACUGAAGCUGGAUAACACUGUGGUUGGUCAGACUAGCUGGAAGCCUAUUUCCAAUCAGUCAUGGGAUCAGAAAUUUACACUGGAACUAGACAGGUCACGUGAAUUGGAAAUCUCAGUUUAUUGGCGUGACUGGAGAUCCCUUUGUGCAGUGAAGUUUCUGAGGCUGGAAGAUUUCCUGGACAACCAGCGGCAUGGCAUGUGUCUCUAUCUCGAACCCCAGGGCACUCUGUUUGCAGAGGUCACGUUUUUUAAUCCAGUUAUUGAAAGAAGACCAAAACUUCAGAGACAGAAGAAAAUUUUUUCAAAACAGCAAGGCAAAACAUUUCUCAGAGCUCCUCAAAUGAAUAUCAAUAUAGCCACUUGGGGAAGGCUGGUGAGAAGAGCUAUUCCUACAGUAAACCACUCUGGCACCUUCAGCCCUCAAGCAGCAGUACCUGCCGCAGUGCCAGUGGUUGAUGCACGCAUUCCUGAUCUGGCGCUGCCAGCCAGCGACUCUCCUGUAGCCAAAUUGGACUUUGAACUGGAGCCUGAGCCUCCACCUGCUCCACCUCGUGCAUCUUCCCUUGGGGAAAUAUGUGAACCUUCCUCUGAGAUGAAGGCUCCUGAUACGCCAGCUCAGGAUGAUGUAUCAACUUUUGAUUUUGAGAAUGGUAGAAAUAGUAUUGUUCCAAAACUCCAACCUGGAAUAAUCUGUGAGUCUGAUGUUCCACAUUCAGACAUAAAAUACACCAACAUCCGAGAACCUGAAGAUAGAAGAACACAACAAAGAUUUCAAUUCAGUCUGAAGGACUUCAGAUGUUGUGCAGUACUUGGCAGAGGACACUUUGGAAAGGUGCUGCUGGCAGAAUACAAAAACACAAAUGAGAUGUUUGCUAUUAAAGCCUUAAAGAAAGGAGAUAUUGUCGCUCGUGAUGAAGUAGACAGCUUGAUGUGUGAAAAGCGAAUAUUUGAAACUGUGAAUAGUGUAAGACAUCCCUUCUUGGUGAACCUUUUCGCCUGUUUCCAAACCAAAGAUCACGUUUGCUUUGUAAUGGAAUAUGCUGCUGGUGGGGAUCUGAUGAUGCAUAUUCAUACUGAUGUCUUCUCUGAACCAAGAGCAGUAUUCUAUGCCGCGUGCGUUGUUCUUGGACUUCAGUAUUUACACGAGCACAAAAUAGUUUAUAGAGAUUUGAAGUUGGAUAACUUAUUGCUGGACACAGAAGGCUUUGUGAAAAUAGCAGACUUCGGUCUUUGCAAAGAAGGAAUGGGAUUUGGAGACAGAACAAGCACAUUCUGUGGUACACCAGAAUUCCUUGCUCCAGAGGUGCUGACAGAAACUUCCUAUACAAGAGCUGUAGACUGGUGGGGUCUUGGUGUCCUUAUCUAUGAGAUGCUUGUGGGUGAGUCUCCUUUCCCUGGAGAUGAUGAAGAAGAAGUGUUUGACAGUAUUGUAAACGAUGAAGUAAGAUAUCCACGAUUUCUGUCUACAGAAGCCAUCUCUAUAAUGAGACGGCUGCUACGAAGAAAUCCAGAGCGACGUCUUGGAGCUGGAGAGAAAGAUGCUGAGGAUGUGAAAAAGCAUCACUUCUUCCGGCUAAUAGACUGGAAUGCUUUACUGGCCAAGAAAGUGAAGCCUCCUUUUGUACCCACCAUUAGAGGAAGAGAAGAUGUUAGUAAUUUUGAUGAUGAAUUUACCUCUGAAGCACCUAUCCUCACUCCACCUCGGGAACCAAGGAUACUUUCAGAAGAAGAACAGGAGAUGUUCAGAGAUUUUGAUUACAUUGCUGAUUGGUGUUAACUUCUAGACACUGUGAAAUCCUAGCUGACUGGCUCACAACAAUGCCUCUCUCAGAAGAAUACCGCCCUCCAAUUGCUCUCUGUGCCACCUGUAGCUUCUGUUUCGUUCUGGUUGGUUUUUUUUGUUUUUUUGUUUUUUAAAUCACAUGAAGAUCCUUUUAAGUACUGUUUUAACACUCUUGUGAAGAGUGGCCUCUUUGUAUAUUGUUUUUUAUCUGAGCACUGGAAAGCAGUUCUAUGGAGUUCUUAAGCUGAGUGGGUGAAUCCAGGCUGUACUGAGCUUCUCACACGUGGGCACACUUGGAUCUGAACUGUUUCUCUCACUCUUCUGCAGCAGAUAACAUUUUUUAAGUAUCUGCCUUAGGUGGGAAAAGCAGACUUUGAGCUAGGUAAUCGUGUAAUGCUACUAAGCCACAUGAAAUAGAAGUUUGGGAUACUGAUGACACUCACACAGAACAUGGUUCUAGCUGGAGAAGGCAAGUGAUUUCAGUUAAAUAUCUUGUGCGGUCUGUAAAACUACACAUUUCUUUGUACACCUUCCUCUUGUGUUCUUAAAAUAAUGGUGAUGAGAACAGAUAAUGCCUUGUUUUAUAAAGUUUCUAUGGUAUUUAUUAGGAAAAUUGUUAAAUGCCUUGCCUUUGAGAUAACAACAGCAUAAGUGCUUCCAUGAAAAAUAAAAAUCCCGAAAAACCCAGGAAGUUUACCAAAGCCACUUGCCAAACAGUUUUGCCUUCAAGCUCUUUAAGCAUGGCUUAAAACUCUGGUUGGAACAAAGAAUGUAACGAGGAUGUUGCUCAGUCUAACCACAAAGAGCAAAGUGUAUGCAUUUCCCAAGCCCAUCCACUUCUAUACUCAAACUCAUGCCUUUUCCACUCACUGAGUGGACGGAUAAGUUAACCAUUCUGUAUUUAACCACCUAGAUCAUCCUGUAUCUACUGUACAAUAUCGUAUCACCAUUAGAAAACAUAAGGAUUUUCAAUGCAUACAUGCUGUGAACAUGUAUAUUUGGAAGUUGUAAUGUAUUCUUACGUCCAGGCAAGUAAUUUAAUUAUACCACUUCAUUAAUUUUGCACAGUGGCCGUGUGAACAACAUAGAACUUUGAGUGAAAAAAAUAUUCAUCUGGGCCACUGAACUCCAGAACUUAGAUUGGCAGUUAGCAAGAGUAAAAGCAAUAUGUUGUAACAGAAUGUAUAAAUAUUUUUGAUAAAAAAAACUGUAUAUUUUAUAAACCUCCUAACACUAAAAGCUGUACCUCAAAAGUUGAACAAUAAUUUAGACCUGACACUGUGUGUACUCAUAAACCAAGACCUGUUGUGGUACCUGGUGUUCUGCAGGCAAACGUGAAUUCUUAGAAAAUAAACUUCCCAUGUCACCCUUCGUUCUAGCACCAUUCAGACCUUGUGUAUUCACUCUCACAGGUGCAUCGUGGCCAAGAGUUUGCUGUUGGUGGGCUAAGAUAGGGAGAAUCAGCACUGAAAUGAAUUAAAAACUUGUAAUUUUGAUCAUUCAAAGAUGAAGUGGAAACCACUAGGCACUGAGGUGGUUGUUUAAAAUCAUGAUGCUGCACAGACCUGCAGGGUCAGGCAGAGGAAAGGCGAUGGGGAGUAAUGGUUAGUAGUCCUAAAUUGGGCUUCCCCCACCCCAGGAAACGGGAAAGGCAUCUUUACCAACUCCACAAAUCAUGUUAGGAGGAGACAAUGAACUUUUCAGCUUUGUUUCCAGCUUAAGAAACAAAUUAUGUUCCUGUAUCUAGCUGAAACUAAAUACUUUUGAGGUACAGUCAGCUUACCCCCUUGGUUCCCAAAUAUAUAUAUGAGCAUCUAACACGGUGCUUAACAAUUAUGAAAGUAUCCUGAAAAAUACCUUUUGUAACUACAUCUUGUACAGAAAUCUCAUUUUUAAUCUAAGUACAUCUCUUAAAAAAAAAAAAAAAAUAGAGGGCAGGGUAUGUUCACCCAGUUAAGCUGAAAGAAAGCACUAAUUUUAUCUCUGUAGUUUUUAAAAUAUUUUUAGGCAGAUUAAGAUUUUAAACCCUAGAUUGUAAAUAUAUUUUGCUAUACUUUAUCUGUAUGUGGCUGCUCAAGCACUUUGUAAGGAAAUUAGGAUACUUUAGAAUGGUACACUAUGCAUUAAAAUGAAAUGUGCCUUUAACAAUGUCAUUCUAAGUGUUUUGCAGUCAUUAAUAUCACAAAUUAAAGUUUUAAAUAGAGUAAUUUGUAAA